UAUUUGCGUCGCUUGAGUUCCAGUUCUUUCCGUUGCUAUUAGCACCUUAGUUUCCUCUUCAAAAAAAAAAAAAAAAUGGUUGCUUUGUUUUCCCUGGCAUUGCCGAAAUUCAAGGUCGUCGCUGAAGCUGACGCAUUUCCUUCCUUUCUUCCCAAAGACGUCAACAGAAUCAAAGACCCAUUUGCUCGAAGCCUCGCUACGCGGAUUCAGAGACUUCCCGUAUCCGUUAAGUUCUCUGAAAAUCCCAUCAUGAGUAGUUGUGUGAAGCCACUGAUGCAGAACAAGGCAAAUCCAGUUGUCCUUUUACAUGGUUUUGACAGCUCAUGCUUAGAAUGGAGAUACACGUAUCCAUUGCUUGAGGAAGCUGGUCUUGAGACAUGGGCCAUUGACAUUCUUGGUUGGGGUUUCUCUGAUCUAGCGAAGCUUCCUUCAUGUGAUGUGGUAUCAAAGCGUGAACACUUUUAUCAGUUUUGGAAGUCCUACAUCAAAAGGGCGAUGAUAUUGGUUGGUCCAAGCCUUGGUUCUGCUGUUGCCAUCGACUUUGCAGUCAAUUAUCCAGAAGCUGUGGAAAAGCUUGUUUUGAUUGAUGCUAGUGUAUAUGCUGAAGGAACAGGAAACCUAGCAACCUUACCAAGAGCGAUAGCCUAUGCUGGGGUAUAUUUAUUAAAGAGCAUCCCUAUACGCAUAUAUGCAAACUAUUUGUCAUUCACUAACAUAUCUUUCAGCACCAGCCUUGAUUGGACAAAUAUUGGCCGCUUGCAUUGUUUAUUGCCUUGGUGGGAGGAUGCCGCGGUUAAUUUUAUGAUUAGUGGUGGCUACAAUGUUGCUUCCCAGAUAAAAAUGGUAAAGCAGAAAACACUCAUAAUUUGGGGGGAGAAUGACCAAAUAAUCAGCAAUAAGCUUGCAGUGCGACUGCACUGUGAAUUACCUGAGUCAAUUAUACGCCAAAUACCCGAUUGUGGUCAUCUUCCUCAUGUUGAAAGACCGGAUUCCGUUGUCAAAUUGAUUGAAGAAUUUGUUCAAAAGGAUACCAAGACAGUAAAUCAAUGUGUUCCAUCAUUAUGAAGGUUGAAUACCAUUUUGCCUUUCUAACAGAGAAAGAAACAGAACAUUUGACAUUUAAAAAAAAAAAAAAAAAGAAGCCAGUAGG